UCUGACUGACUUAAAAGAAUUUAUAAAAGUGACAGAUGCUGGACUCCAAAGAGAGGUGACUGAGGGAAAUUAUUGUAUGCUGUUAGAAAUCAUGGGCCAUCUCUUGGCUGUGAAAGAGAGGACAACAAUUGCUGAUGAACUCUUUGAACCUUUAAAAGAAGUGGUUGAACUGUUAGAAAGCUAUGGACAGAAUAUGCCAGGCGAACUUUAUGCCUAGUUAGAGGUACUGUAGCAAAAGAAUUGCCUGUAAAAAUGGAGUGCCGUAAAGAAGAGAGCUGUGUCGGUAAAGCACAAAGUAAUGCCUCUUCAGGCCUCUGAGAUUGCAGUUAUGAGAAGAAAAUGCACUUUACUUGUUGAGAAGCAGAUGGAAUUCAGAGAAAGAUUUAAAAUGGAAGCCCCCUUUCAGUUUGAUGCAGAAAGUGCAUAUGCUCAUCUUGACAAGGCAAAUCAUGAGCUUAAGAUGCUGGAAAAAGAAGUGUUACUAAUGCAGGAAUCUGCAAAACUAUUUGAAGUAUCUAUUCCAGACUGCAAGCAAAUGAAACAAUGUAGAAAAGAAGUGCAGUUGCUUAAGAAAGUUUGGGAUAUUAGUCAUUGGACUAAAAUCCAUUGGAGGCAGAUUAAUGUGGAACAGAUGGAUGUGGAGCUCAGAAGGUUUGCCAAGGAAAUGUGGUCUUUGGAUAAAGAAGUUCAUUCCUGGAAUGCAUUUAGAGGCUUGGAGUUAAAGCUGAAGAACCUGAUGCCAUCACUGAGGGCAAUAGUGGAGUUGCAAAAUCCUGCAGUCAGAGAGAGACACUGGCACCAGGUCAUGAAUGCAACAGGAACAUGGUCUCAUCUCAAAAGUAUUUUCAUUGGCUCUGAAGAUAUCAGAGGCCAGCUGCCUGAAGAUGCAAAUGGAUUUGAUGAAAUCAACAGAGACUUCAAAGAGUUGGUGACUGACAUAGCAAAUACAAAAACUGUGAUGGAAGCUACAACCAAGCCAAAGGUGUAUGAAAAAUUUGAAGCUUUGCAACACAGACUUUCUCUUUGUGAAAAAGCUCUGGCUGAAUAUUUAGAAACAAAGCGCAUAGCUUUUCCUUGCUCCUAUUUUGUCUCUUCAGCAGACUUGCUAGACAUCCUUUCAAAAGGAACACAGCCAAAACCUGUGACCAGUCAUCUUACCAAACUUUUUGACAACAUUGCUGAUCUUAAAUUUCAAGAGAAUAUAGAGGAAUCUAUAAAUGCUGCUUUUGGGAUGUCCAGCAGAGAAAAGGCGUAUGUUCCAUUCCAUGAAGAGCGUGAAUGCAGUGAUCAGGCAGAGUCUUGGUUGCAAUACCUUGAGGAAACUGUACACAAACCAGUGUGUCUCUACAUCAUGGAGGCGGUACUGGCCUAUGAAGAGAAGCAAAGAGAACCUUGGGUUUUCGACUACCCAGCCCAGGUUGCACUUACUGAUUCACAAAUCUGUUGGGUUUCAGAUGUUGAAAUGGCCUUCAGGAAGCUGGAAGAGGGCUUGGCAUCAGCCCUGAAGAAUUGUCACAAGAAGCAGGUCACUCAGCUAAAUGCUUUUAUUAGUGUGCUGCUUGGAGAACUUUCCUCGGGUGAUCAGCAGAAAAUCAUGACCAUUUGCUCCAGAGACGUUAAUGAUAGAGAUGUUGUAGCAAGCCUUGUAGCUCAGAAGCUAUCCUCAGAAAUAAAAUGGGUUUCUAAGGUAGCAUUAAGACAAGAAGAAACUCAAAAACACUGUUUUGCCAACAUUUGUGAUGCUCAGUUUCAGUUUUAUGAGUACUUGGGAAAUACCCUGUGGCUAGUUAUUACAUCUUUGACUGACAGGUGUCACAUUACUCUAACCCAGUCUCUCCACCUAACAAUGAGCACUGCUCCUGCAGGACCAGCUGGCACAGGUAAAACAGAGACCACCAAAGAUCGAGCCCUUGGUAUGAUGGUAUAUGUCUUCAACUGUUCUGAGCAGAUGGGUUACAAGUCUAUAGGUAAUAUCUGUAAAGGUUUGGUCUAUCUGGAAGCUUGGGGAUGUUUUGUUGAAUUCAAUCGCAUCUCGAUAGAAGUUCUGUCAGUGGUGGCAGUACAAGUGAAGACUAUCCAUGAUGCAAUUAGGAACAAGAAAAAGAAAUUUUUAUUCCUUGGUGAAAACAUUACAUUGAAGUAAUCAGUUGGAAUAUUUAUUUCCAUGAACCCCAGAUACCCAGGUUGGAGAGAACUACCUGAAAACCUUAAAGCUCUGCUCAGACCUUGUGCCAUGGCUGUCACUGACAUUGAACUGAUCUCUGAAAUUAUGUUGGUUGCUGAAGAGUUUAUUGAUGUACGUCUGUUAACCAGGAAGCUUAUUACCUUGUAUACUCUCUGCAGGAAGCUGCUUUCUAAACAGGACCAUUAUGACUGGGGACUUCAUGCUGUCAAGUCAAUUUUGGCAGUUGCUGGCUCUCUGAAACGAGGAGACAAGAACAGACCUGACAAUCAGGUGUUUAUGCAAGCCUUAAGAGACUUCGAUUUGCCUAAAAUAGUGACAGAUGAUAUCCCGAUUUUCAUGGGCCUGAUCAGUGACCUGUUUCAAGCUCUGGAUGUUCCAAGGAAGAGGAACCUGCAAUUUGAACAGAUGGUUAAACAAUCUACUCUGGAGCUUCUCUUGCAGCCUGAAGAGAGCUUUAUUCUCAAAGUUGUUCAGCUGGAGGAGUUACUGGCAGUGCGUCACUCAUUUGUCAUUGGAAAUGUGGAGAGUGGAAAGGGUAAGGUGGUGAAAGUUCUGCACCACAAGUACAUGAACAUGAAACAAAAGCCUGUUUGGAAUGACCUUAACCCAAAAGCUUUGACAGCGGGUGAGCUGUUUGGUUCUGUACACCAUGCAAGCCGAGAAUGGAAAGAUG